AUGCACUACACAGAGUCUACAAUAUCUGCCACUGAAUCAACAGUUAUUCCUUCUAACAAUCCAUCGGCUGCUUUAGGAAUUGGAGUAGGAAUUGGUUCAACAGUCAUACUCUUAGUUCUAAUAUUAUUAAUACUUUUUGUAUUAAUAGUAUUUAUUAUUAGAUUGAAGAGAUGUACUACAAAAAACAGCUCUUAUUAUGAAAGUACUGUCAUAAGCUCAACUGGCAAUUAUGUAUUAGCUACUGAAAUUGAAUGCUCACUAACUCUUCCUGUAUCAAGUGAUGUGAUAGCUGGUAGUAAUGAAGAUUUUAAUAUGUCCACAAAUGAAUCAUAUUCUAAAGUUAAAGGGCAUUCCUCUGUUUUUAAGAUGUCGAACAAUGAAUCUUACAUAAAAAAAGAAGAUAUAAGAAUACCUUUUUAUGAGCCUGCGAAUGAUAGGAUUAAAAUAAUUGCUCAAAUAAAGAAGUCAAAAUCUGUACUGAUUCAAUUUGAUAGCUUGAGAUUAACCAGCUCACUAGGAUCUGGUCAGUUUGGUAAUGUGUGUAAGGGACAGUGGAAGAAACCUAAUGGAGAUACCAUUGAUGUAGCAGUUAAGAUGUUACAAGAUGGAGCAAGUGAACAAGAGAAGAUCAAGUUCUUACAGGAAGCUGCUAUCAUGAGUCAAUUCACUCAUGAUAAUGUCAUUAAACUACAUGGAGUAGUCAGUGAUGAUGAACAUCCCAUGAUUGUGAUUGAGUAUAUGUCUAAAGGUGAUCUUGAUCACUUACUGCAAAAAAUGAUAACAAAUCCUGGUGAGCUGGUUCAUCAUGAUACUCCUGCACUUCUUUUAAGUUUCUGUCAGCAAGUGUGUCUAGGAAUGACUUACUUGUCCAGCAAAGGAUUUGUUCAUCGUGACUUAGCAGCAAGAAACAUUCUUGUAUCUGCUAAUAAUAUUUGCAAGGUAAAGAUUAUCAAUUGA